AAAAGCGACGUAAUUGGCCUCUUUCCUCCUGUCUCCACAUACUUUAUGCUCCUCUGCUGUGACUUAGACAACCGCUGAGGACUGACUGUCUAUAUAUACUUUUAUUUAACAUUUAUUUUGCAUCCACGGUGCCAGCCGAGGUUUCCUCGCCCAUAGGAAGUCCCCCCCACGGCCUUGCGAGUGAGCGAUGGCCCGCACGGGAACAAUCCGAGGAAAUGAGGGUGGAGAAAUGAGGACAUUCGCUUUUUUUUUUUUUUUACAAAAGCUUUCGGGCGCUAAUCCACGUCAAACGUAUCAUUUGACAUCUCCGCGGGUGCGUUUUCAGAUGGACCGAGAGGAGUGCGAGAAGAUGAAGAGAAAGUUCCACUUUAAAGACGUGACACUCACGGGCGGGGGUGUGAGGAAGUGAUGAACGAGAGGAUGACUGCAAUUUCUCGUCUUUUUCCCCUUUCAGCUCUGUACCUGUCGUCCAUCUCGGCGCUGUCAGAAUCCUCCUGCUCCAAGGGAUUUAUGUAUAUGGAAGGCAAAUGCAUCGAUGAAGAUGAGUGUAAGAACUACCCUUCUGACAACGGACCGUGCGGCGUCAACGCAAAGUGUUUGAACACCAUCGGCAGCUUCCACUGCCAGUGCGACGUCGGCUUCCACACCGACAUAAAGUCAAUCACAUUUACGGCCGAAUCAUCUUUAACGUGUACCGAUAUAAAUGAAUGUUUGGAGAACAACGGCAUAUGUGGGAGGCUGCAAAACUGUAUUAACACCAUUCCAAUGUACGACUGUGCUUGCUACGAAGGAUUCGUUGCCAACGUUAACGCUGGCUGCGAUGACGUGGACGAGUGCCUGAAGGAAAACAUCUGCGGGCCCAGCGCGAAGUGCAUCAACACGGCCGGCAGUUAUGACUGCGUGUGCGACGACGGCUUUGCGACCAAGUCUGGCAGCGGCAACUUCACGGAGUCCCGAGGGGCAUGCGAAGACGUGGACGACUGCCUGAAGGAAAACAUCUGCGGGCCCAACGCGAAGUGCAUCAACACGGCCGGCAGUUUUUACUGCGUGUGCGACGACGGCUUUGCGACCAAGACUGGCAGAGGCAACUUCACGGAGUCCCGAGGGGCAUGCGAAGAUUGCCGCUUGUCUAUUGGCUGCGUAGACGUGGACGACUGCCUGAAGGAAAACAACUGCGGGCCCAACGCGAAGUGCAUCAACACGGCCGGCAGUUAUUACUGCGUGUGCGACGACGGCUUCGCGACCAAGUCUGGCAGAGGCAACUUCACGCUCCUUCAAGAGCCAUGCGAAGCCGUAUGUUCGCCCGACGAGAGAAACCACUGUGGAAAUGGCAGCUGCCGCAUCGGAGCCAGCGGCCCUCGCUGCGCAUGCCACGCGGGGUUCACCAAUUACGGCGACAAAGCCGCCCGCUGCACGAGUAGGAAUACUUCCUCUUGCAUCCGUUUUAAGUUGAACACAAGCAUAGAAACACUGCGUGUAAAAUCUGAAACUCAUUUUUCUACAGCGUUACAUUGUGAUGCGUUCGAGGACGCGGAGGAUCCGAAAGCGGAUGUUGCCGGUAUACGUGAUCUGAUGAUGCUGCUGAGAAAAAGCUGCGAGGAUUCGGAAGCCCCGGACGUCCAGCACCUUCUUUCGAGGAUUUUGGCGCUUAUUGACGACCUCUUCUCCGCUGCAGCCUUUGAUGACAACAGGAAGGUGUCCAUCUUUCUGGACACAGUGGAGAGUGCGCUGAGAAUGACCGGACCUUUCAUUCAACCUCUUAGAAUAAACAAAUCAUCCGCCUACGCGGAACUGGAUCUGCAUUCACAUAAAGGACCCGUGUCGCCGGAGGAAGUGGCGACAUUAUCAACUAAGCCGGUCACGUUGAAUAUCAAGUUGGAAACAGUCGCCGGGGAUCGUUCGCAGUACCCAGGCUUUGCCAACGUCUUCUUGCUCAGCUACGCCAACCUGGAGAACUUCACCGACGGCUUUUACGGUGGGGUGAACCCGGAGGCCAACCGAAGCUACGUCAUCAUCUCCAAGGCGGCGACCGUCUCGGUCACCAACGACAACACGAGUCGCCUGGGAGAGCCGGUCGAGCUAACUUUUCGCCACUUGACACAGGUAAAGGCAUCUCGCCGCGAGUGUGUGUUCUGGGACGCCUCCCGUGGAGACGGGAGCUGGUCUGCCGACGGCUGCACGGCGGUGGAGUCCAACUCCAGCUUCACCGUGUGCUCCUGCAACCACUUGAGCACAUUCGCCGUGCUCAUGGCCCUUUACGACGUCGAGGCCACGUUGGAGUUGCAGGUCGUGACCUGGGCGGGGCUGACCCUGUCGCUGAUUUGCCUGCUUCUCUGCAUCCUGACCUUCUCUCUCAUCCGCUCCAUCCAAAGCCCUCGGACCACCAUCCACUUGCACCUCUGCGUCAGCCUCUUUGUCGGUAUCCUCAUCUUCCUCGUGGGCAUCUCUCGCACAGAGAACCAGAGCGCCUGCGCAGCGAUCGCCGGCCUGCUGCAUUUCUUCUUCCUGGCCGCGUUCUGCUGGAUGUGUCUGGAAGGUGUGCAGCUCUUCCGGAUGGUCAUCCUGGUGUUCAACACCAACUUCCCGACCCGGUACAUGAUGGCGGGCGGCUACGGCGUCCCGGCUGCGAUCGUCGCCGUCUGCGCGGGGGUCUACCCCGAAGGAUACGGCACCGAGAAAUUUUGCUGGUUGAAGUUGAAAUUUAUUUGGAUUUUUUGGGGCCCGGCUUGUGGCAUCAUUGUCAUCAACAUUUUCUUCUUCUUCAUCACCGCGUGGAAGUUGGCGCAAAAAUUCUCAAGUCUCAACCCCGACAUGAAUAAAUUACAGAAAAUAAAGGCUUUCAUCGCGACUGCGGUCGCCCAGGUCUGCGUGCUGGGCACCACGUGGCUCUUCGGCUGCUUCCAAUUUGAGAAGAGCACCAUGGCCAUGUCGUACCUGUUCACCCUCUUCGCCAGCCUCCAGGGCCUCAUGCUGUUUGUGAUGCACUGCCUGUUCUCCAAGCAGGUUCGGGACGAGUACGGGAAUUUCCUGUCUAGAUUCCGUGCACCGCAGAAGAAAAACUACUCUGAAUUCAGCUCGGUUUCCAGCAGGCAGCACGCGUCGGCGAGCAGCCGGGACACGGGAGAGUCGCACUUCUGAGCAGACAAAGUCUCGUUUCUCCGUCACGCGCACUCCACCAGCACUGGCCAGCUGCCUUCUGAUUGAUCCGCCGUCUUCUUCUUCAGGAACGUCGCCGCUGCUUUCCGAGCGACGGACGCCGUUCUGUCGGUUCAAUUGAGAUAUUAAAAUUCUCGCAUGAGCCGAUUUCAGCCUCCGGUGUCGAAUGUGCACGUUUCUUCCGUCGGUGCGCAAAAGUGGACCCAAAGCAAAAAAAAAAAAAAAAAGACACUACGACCUUUUUUUUUCAGGUGCGUCAAUCCAGGUACUGUAUCUGACGACCCGAAGUCAUUUCAAAUCUAUAUUUUUCUAUUUAUGACAAAAGAAAUCUGUACAGGGUGUCAGACUUUAUUACACUGUAUGAUAUUGCCCCCACCCCCCAAAACAGGACAAUUAGACAUUUUCAACAUGCUGUAGUGCGAUUCACUGUUUUCCUACUUCUCUCAUCGUGAUUAAAUGCACUGUAUAUGUUUUUAUUUUAUGAAUAAUAAUAUUUACGAGGUAUUGAAAACUUUUUUUCCCGCCUGGGAUUUUCAUUUGUGUAUUGUUUAUAAUACAAA